AUGGGGAUGCUUAUAUUAGAGGACAGAAUGGAACAUGUUCCUGGCACCACCCGAUAUUUCGAUGACCCCGAAAGACCCCAGGUCGCAAGUGCUGCAUCUGCCGGCUUGAAAUGUGAUACAUCAGGUCCUGUCCCUAUCAUUCUCGUUCCCCAGCCCACCGAUGACCCAAGGGAUCCUUUGAAUUGGCCAUUGUGGAAGCGCGAUGUUAUUCUACUCGUCCUUUCGCUCGUUUCGAUAUUCGCAACUUGUCUGGGUCCCAUUCUCGCUGCAAAUACCCUAACGCUUUCGUUACAUUUCGGAUUACCAUUCACCGAAAUUGCGCUUCUUACCGGUUACUAUCUUAUGGCCGUUGGAGCGAUUGGUAUCUUCUACAUACCUUCGGCUAGGAUUUGGGGCAAGAGACAUCAAUUCCUUCUAGGAACUAUUAUUUUGAUCUUCUCGAGUGCUUGGGGUGGCGCUUCUAAAUCUUAUGCGAGUCUACUUUGGGCAAGAAUUUUUCAGGGAAUUGGAACGGCUCCUUUUGAAGCUUUGGUAAACGCUACUGUUGGUGAUAUAUAUUUUGUUCAUGAACGUGGCAAACGUAUGGCUUUAACAAAUCUUGCAGUGUUUGGUGGUUGCUUCUUCACUCCAAUUCUCGUUGCAUCUAGCGACGAAUUAGAUCAAUUCGUCUUGAAGCCAGGUCACGAAUUAGAACAAGUUCUACGAGGGCCUAAAACAAUAGAAACCAAUAUUUCAGCAAAUAGUAACGCUGGAUUAUCCACACAAGAUAACCCAAAAAUAAGCCACACUUUAUAUGGCAAAGCCAAAUCGAAUUAUAAAAGCACGCUCAUGCCAUUUAGUGGUCGCUACUCCGACGAAAGUUUCUGGAAACUAUGUCUACGACCAUUCCCUCUGUUUUUCCAGCCCGCAAUCUUCUGGUCCUGUCUCAUUCAAGGGACCCUUAUUGGCUGGACCGUCUUCAUCGGUAUAAUUCUGGCGGCAAUCUUCCUCGGUCCACCUCUUUUCUGGGAUGAAGUUAAAACUGGCUAUGCCUACACCGGUGCCUUCGUCGGCGCAGUUCUUGGAUUUGUUGUCGCGGGUGUUCUUUCCGACUGGAGUGCUAAAUACAUGACAAGAAAGAAUAAGGGUAUCUAUGAGCCAGAAUUCAGAAUCUUACUGGUUAUUCCGCAGUUUAUAUUCGGAUGUGCGGGUCUCUAUGGAUUUGGGAUUACGGCGAAUAGACCAGUGGAUUUUGGCUGGUUUUGGCCGAUUUUCUUCUUUGGCUUGGAGGUUAUGGGAAUGGUUAUUGGUGCGGUGGCUAGUUCUCUUUACAUUGUUGAUGCUCAUAGAGAUAUUGCCAUUGAAGCAUUUACCUGUCUUUUGAUAUUCAAGAAUUUCUUCAGUUUCGGCCUCACAUGGAGUGGAUAUGACUGGCUGGUCAAAAAUGGCGUCUACAGUACUUUUAUGAUUAUCUCGAGUAUUCAGGUCGGUGUUUGUUUAUUAAGUAUUCCAAUGUAUAUUUUCGGGAAGCGAAAUCGCGCUUUCUUUCAUAAACAUGAUGUUCUAGCGCUUUUGGGUUUGAGAUGA